AUGUCGCUGGCCGACUCCUGCUGCACAUGCGCCACGCUCCUCAGCGAUGUCAAGAUCCCUUACGACCCUGACUCGGAGAAGCCACUGCUGUACAAUCGACGGCUCGACUGUUGUUCGCGCUACAUCUGCGCCAGCUGCCAAUCUAAGAAUCCGCGGUUUCAACACUACUGUCCGUUCUGUCAGAUAUCCUCUGGUCCUUCAUCCUUACCUAGAGAAGGGCUUCGGCUACCUCCGUCGUACACGAAAACUCCGCCGCACGCUCGGAAUGCUUCAAGGGCAGAGUCGCCACCGCCAUCAUACGACGACUCGCUAAUGCCCAGGCGGGUGCCCGAGCAAAGCACAGAACCUCCAGCCGAUACCGAAGACACUGUCCAUUUCGUCGGCUCGGACGACUCGUUGCCGGCUCUUUCCCUCGCAUACGCGGUGCCGAUCCCAAUACUGCGCCGACACAACCACCUCUACUCCGAUCAACUGCUUCAGGCUCGAAAAUGGGUCCUGAUCCCCCGGUCCCAUUACAACGGGCCCCCACUGUCGACCCCGCCUGACCCCGUUGAGGAAGAGAGAAAGAUCAAGUUGCGCAGAUGGAUGGUUGCUACCAAAUGCGCGGAUUAUAAUGUCGCCCAGCUGUACCUCAAAGGCAGCGACGAUAACUUGGAAAUCGCCGUGGAGGCCUUCAAGGCAGACGAGGAAUGGGAGAAGAACCACCCGCUAGAAGGGAAGGGCAAGGGCAAUGCGAAACCAAGAAGCCGGUUUGGACGAGGUGGAAGUUUAGCGGGUCAGCUGUCAUGA